CUCCCGCGGUUGAGCUCCGAGUCGUCGUAGUCGAGUUCGCUACAUAAGGUAUACACUGAUUUUCGUCCCAAGCCUGGAGAGGAAAGUCAACAAUAGAUGCCUGUCUGCAAUUUCACUAUCAUGUCUUCCCUCUCGCAUCACCUGGUCGUCCAGUCGAACCUCUCAGUCACCCUCCAUCCUGUACAAAAAGAUAUCAGUGCACAACUUUAUUGCGUGACAAUUCAGCGUUAAGCCACUGAGAAACCGCCCUACCAAACUCUAGUACUUCAAUCGAGCAACGGACCCUUGAAUCACACUCUCUGCCGAAUCACAUCGAUCACCGCUUCAAAGACUCAAACCAACCGACCUGAGUUGCAUGGUUGACCUCGUCCUCGACACGCGCCCAUUGUCCGUUCCCAUCGACAAUGGUUCCUCAACCUGACUUUUAUCCUACCCUUCACCGUAUCCGCGACCUCGAGAGCGCCGGAAUCCAAGACUUGCAGCAGAUAAUUCAGACGUUUCCCUUGAUUGACAAUCAUGCGCACAACCUCCUGACCGAAGAGAAUGCGUACGGGAGCCCGGAAUACCCGUUCGAAUGCAUUACCUCGGAGGCGCAGGGUCAUGCGUUGACCGACCAUGUGCAUUCCAGUCUGGCUCAUAUGCGCGGAAUAAGACAGCUGGCCGAGUUUUACCAAUGUCCCGAAACACUGGAAGAUGUAAAGGCGGCGCGGUAUGAAUGGGUUCGCAGAGACUACCCUGGCCUGAUACAAAGAUCCUUUGCGGGAACACAUGCCAUAAUGAUGGAUGACGGACUGUCUCCCGAGAUCAUACACCCGUUUAAGUGGCACAGACAUUUUGUCCCCACUGUGUCGAGAAUAGUGAGGAUCGAAGCCAUUGCAGCGGAAUUACUCGAGCAUCUCGCCCACGCGGCGGGCUUUAUGAGAGUGGGACUCGAUGCCGACUGGGACAUCAGUCAGACCGAGAGCUUUCUUGUUCGCUUCAACACAGUCUUCCGUAACCAGAUCCGCACGUUGGCCAAUGACCCGGAUGUCCGUGGGUUCAAGUCUGUCAUCUGCUAUCGGACAGGGCUAGACAUUGGGCUGGAAAGCCGAAAGAACUUUCGUCCGCAUCAGUCACUGACCGAAUCGACCCUUCUGCAAUCGUUUCACGAAUUUUUGCAAAAGGCGGUGCGCGACCACAAAUACCGCAUUGAGCAGAAGGAAGUUAACGACUAUCUCGUGGUUGCCGUGUGUGACGUGCUGGAGAAGUUGGUAGAUACCGAUGGAGAGAACUUACCCUUCCAAUUUCAUACCGGGUUGGGUGAUGCCGACAUCGACCUGGUCAAGGCAAACCCGGCAUACAUGCAACCUCUGAUCGAGGCUUUCCCUCAUGUUGAUUUUGUCAUUCUGCAUUCGUCGUACCCAUACACCCGAGAAGCAGGCUAUCUCGCCGCCAACUAUGCCAACGCUUGGCUCGACAUUGGCGAAGUAUUUCCCAUGCUAUCCAGAGAUGGGGAGGACUCGGUGUUACGACAAGCUCUCGAAUUGACUCCCAGCUCCAAGAUUCUGUGGUCCACGGACGGACACUUCUACCCGGAGACGUAUUGGCUGGCAAACAAACACUUUAGGGACGCGUUGGAAAGACUACUUACCGCGUAUCUUGCUGCGGGAGACAUCACGGUGGCGCAAGGGAUUGACAUCGCCGUUGACAUUAUGUUCUGGAACUCAAAUCAACUGUACAAGCUUGACGAGGAACGCAAAUUCCCCGAACUUCUCCGGGCUUGUGGAAGGGAAACCGUCGACAGCAUGCGGACACUGGUCAACGGGGGUUCUAAACCACCGUCAUUCAGAUCAUAUGCCAGCACGACGGUUGGAAGCCAUCAUGGGGGUGCGUCCUCGUCACGACCAGGUCCAUCGUCCUCUGCCUCGGCUUUGAUACCAGGCCACACAAGUCGAGGUGCAACACCCCGAGUCCGCUCGACCAGCAGAGGCCCCCCGACAGGCCAGAGCUCGACAGCUGUGUUUGCACAGAACCUGACCGUGUUCGACACCUUCAUCCAAACCAACCCUGGCAUCAAGUACAUAUGGAUCCAGUUUCUGGAUUAUACAGGCACGCUCCGCAACCGGAUGAUGACAGUACAACAGUUUCGAAAGCAAUUGGCGACGGGGCAGACCACAACCAUCACCACAGCCCUGACGAGGCUGUUGCAAGACGACAACCCGGCGACAGGAUGUUCUGCGACGGGACAAUUCCACCUACUCCCUGAUCUGUCAACACUGUCUCUCAACAAAGGCAUCUCGUCGCCCUCGGCGACAGUACAAACAUGGUGGAUGGCAGACACGGAAACAGGACCUCCAACGGAACAUUGGGACCGAUGUCCACGCUGGCUACUCCAGACACAAGUGGACGCAUUACGCAAUGAAUUCCAAAUCAACGUCCUGAUGGGAUUCGAGCUAGAAAUCAUCUUCAUGCGACCAACUCCGACAGACGACAAGUCCGAUUUUGUGGAUUUCAGUCCCGUCCAUACCGUCCACUCCUGGUCGAACAUGACAUACCAACAACUCGAGAUAUUGCCAAUGAUUGAAGAAAUCGUCGAGAACCUGGCAGAACUCGACAUUCACGUGCUGCAAUUCCACUCGGAAGCCGCGCCGGGACAAUGGGAAUUUCCCUUGCCGCCCACCGACCCAGUCAGGGCAGUCGACAUGCUAUUCAAGACCAAAGACGUGAUCCGCAACAUCGCCAAGCGCCACGGCCUGAAAGCAACGUGCUACCCCCGUCCAUACGAAUAUACAUGUGGUAGCGCGAACCACGCGCAUUUCAGCAUCAACGGGCCCGGCGACACGGUGGAGCGGUACGAAGCACCCUUUCUCGCCGGCGUCUUGGACCAUCUGCCGGCCUUGCUGGCGUUCACGCUGCCUCUCGAAGAGUCGUACGAGCGCGUACGGCCUGGAAUCUGGGCCGGCGGCGAGUACGUGUGCUGGGGCACGCAGAACAAAGAAGUCCCACUACGUAAAUGUGGACCGGGGCAUUUCGAAUUGAAGACUAUCGACGGCAUCGGAAACACCUACUUGUCCAUGGCGGCCCUGUUGGCAUCUGGUCUCCAUGGUCUCCGCCACGACUUGAAGCUCGACAUCCAAGACUGUCUAGGUGAUCCUACGCAGAUUGGCGACCGUGACCGUCAAAGUCUGGGAAUCACUGUCCCGCUGCCCAACACGCUCGAAAAGAGUCUCAAGGCCUUGGAUCGUGACAAGAUCCUCCGUCGUGCCCUGGGCUACGCCGUCGUCGACGAUUACCUGGCCGUCCUGGACAGUUUGAUGCACAAAUGUCGUGGCUUUGGCGACGAGAAGAGAAGACUCUGGUUGAUGGCGAGAUAUUGAUGCUGAUCAAGCGCGGUAACGCAGUGGUUAGGUAGAAUACCUAGCUACCUAGCUACCUGAUCUCUUCGACACGGUCAUCAUGUUCCCCAGAGAUACAGUGUCAAGAUUUUGCUUUGCGGCAGGAAAUUGGGCGGGAAUGUAUUGGAUUGGGAUCGACUGGACCGGACCGAACUGGACUGGUGCCGUCGGAAGUUGGGCGUGGUGUGGGUUUUGAGCGCGAGUUUGGGCAUGUAUCAAUUUGAGAUGGAAGAGUUCAUCUGCGUGCUGAGCUCCUACUCCUACUAUUGCUUCUACUAUUACUAUCUGUAUGCCAAACUAAGCUAUUUGGUGCCGUGA